AUGAUGCGCUCUCAGAGCUAUAUUUGUGGUGGAUGCAAUCAGCCAAUCAUCGAUCGAUAUAUGCUGAAUGCGGCUGAUAAAUUCUGGCAUGAAGCCUGUUUAAAAUGCUCUUGCUGCCAAGUGGCGUUGCCAAAGCUUGGCUCUCGUUUCUUCGUGAAAUACGAUCAAUUAUUGUGCAAGAACGAUUACCAGAGAUUGUAUUGUCAAAAUGGUGAAUGCUCAUCAUGUCAAAUACCCAUUCCUCCAAAUGAAAUGGUGAUGCGAGUAAAAGAUCGUGUAUUUCAUCUUCGAUGUUUCACCUGUAAUGUCUGCAAUGAACCAUUUUGUGUCGGCGAUCGAUUUCAUCUUUUCGAGAACAAAAUCAUUUGUGAGGCAGACUAUGAAGAAAGGCGGUUAUUCAUGCAAGCUUCAUUUAACGAUCAAAGUAUGAGAGAAUUGACGAAAAACAUUGAGGAAUUGGUGGAUUUUGAGCCGGUAAACGAUUGUGUCCAUCACUCACCGAUCAUUGUA